UGUAUUUGCAACACGGGUUUCAUUGGCCAAAGUUACUUCCUAGAUUCAGCGGGAGAAAACACGUUGCGCACAGUCUACGAGAUUGCACAAGCAGUACAUGACUACAGUCAUUGUCCCUCGUAUACAGGAGGACAAGCAAAGACACCAAAAAUCAAGUGUUCAAAGUCCUGAUGUUUAACUUAAGGGAAUAAGAGGGAAAUCAGAACUAAGGAUACAAGAACUAAGAAAUUUAGGAUUGUGGAACUCAACACCGUAUAGGAACCAAACAUGUAAAAAUGUAACGACAAUGCCACAGAGCAACCUGAUCGUCCGCCGAAACAGUCUCAACUGAAAUUAAAGGCAAAAUAGGGCUGAAAACUAUAUGAAGACCACUGAAAAUCAGUGACGACACCAGGUGCUCGUGACAAUGGCUUACGUGAACCUGAAUCUUGCCUCGUUUCGCCAGUGUGCCCUACAUAAGAAAGGUGAGCUUCUGUAUUGUGAAACAUGUAUCUGUUCACUCUGUUCCGCGUGUCACACUGAACAACACAUGGGCUGUAUCAGCGUUGUUUUACUAUCAGCCAUGGCGCCCCGUCUUAAAGUCAUGCUGGAAGGAUGUAGGGAGCAACUGCGAUCUGAGGACAGACUUAUAGCGGAGAAGUUAUCAAACAAGAAGAACAUGCUUCAUGGUUUAACUUCAAGGAUAGAUCAGUCUGAGCAGGAUGCCACACAAUAUCACCACUCAAUUGGUGACAUUGACAAAAUAGCGAGUGUUUUGGAACUAUUGAACGAAGUGAGGAAUAGAGAAUGUGGGCGGCUGAUUAGAAGUAUUGACUCAGAAAAAAUAUACCAGGCGAGGAAUGAAGAGCUAAUGCUGCUAAUUGAAACAAAGGGUUUCAAAUCUGGCGAUAUACAUGACAAAUGUGAAGCUUACAAAACCUUUAAACAAAGUCGACUUAGCGAUUUGUACCUAACACCCCCUGUCUUCUGUCAAGUUGUGGAUGUCGAGUUUUGUCCUCAACGAUCUCGGUACCCGGAAAUGGAUCUUGGCGAUGCUGACAGUGUUUUCCUUACCUACGAGGAGAGGCAGAGCCCGGGACUACAACCAGGAACCAUUUUGCUAGAUAUAAUUGAUACUAAAAUAGCAGGGGAUUCUCGUGUCCCCUUUAUACAUGGUAUCGUUGCGCUGAAAAUCAAAGACAUGAACGUGGUUGUUGUGUCUGACUACGCCAACAGAAGACUGAAAUCCUUCUUCUCGAUUGGAACACUUGUGUACGAUUCCAUGCGGCUUGAUAGUCCGCCAUGGAAUGUCACUGUACUCCACGAUUUGAUAAUCGCUGUAGCUGUUCCUGAUGAGAAAGCUAUCCAUGUGAUCAGUGUUACCCCACAUCUGAAACGGAAAAAGACAAUUUCUGUGUCAAAGAAAUAUCAUGGUUUAGCCAGUCUUGGUUCCGAGCAACUUGUGGCUGGAGCGGAAGGAUGCGUUGAUAUCAUUAACACUUCAGGUGAAAUAUUGCUAACUGUACAAAACUGUGAAACGACGUUGUUGAAGUACCCGUUUUUUCUCAGUACCAUUGAACAUCACACUAUUAUUGUCUCUGACUGCGGAACGAAAACCUUGACCUUCCUCACACAAGAAGGGUGCGUGAAAGCUCAGAAGACCACAGUUAGUGGGAGACGGUUCCAUCAGCCAGUCGGUGUCAGCAGCAACAACAACGGCGACGUCGUUGUCGUGGACAGGAACGCUAACUUGGUACUGAUGCUAGACAGCAAUGGUGACUUCGUAGCAGACAUCCUGUCAUCAUCUGUCAAGCGGAUAAGGGCGGUGCACAUCGACGGCCAAGAUAGAGUUUAUCUUACUCAGAAAGACCGUUGUGUACAUGUUUUCCAACUCUUGAAAACAAGGCAAUAAUCUUUAGGAAUGUGUAUUGUGUGCUUUCGAAGCUCUUAUACUUUAACGCAGACUUACGACAGUCGUGCGGCUGCGAUCGCAUUGUCAAACGGGCGUCAGUUAAACCUCAUCUUCUUAGACCAGUAAGUAUGGCCGGGGUUAGUAGUGUAGUACAUCCCCGAAUAGACUUACCAUGAAAAUAGAAAAUAACAAAGGCGCUUUGAGAAAAACCGUUAGUCAAAAUAUUCUUCUGAUGACCUAACGUCGAUUAAACAAUCGAUGACGUCAUUGACGACAUUCUACUUUAACUCACCAAUCAGCUUCGAUAAUUUCUGUGUAAUAGCGAAAAGAAACUUUCUUUUUCAAAAGUAAUCUCUACUAAAAGCAGAGUUGAUUUUAUGAUUCCGACUGUAUCAAACUAAUGUACGAAAUAUUCGUAUAUGAAACAUGAAACAUCUUGACGCGUUUUAUCCAAAUGAUCCUUGAAGAAUCCUUCUUUUAAUUCACCUUUCGAUCACGAACGAUCGCUUACACGGAUGGGUCGAUCUAUGAGAUGUGACGAUGCCACUUGUAGUUUUAGAACAUUGCAAAAAAUUCUUGAGUCCACCCUGCUGUUUAUCUUAGCGAACAUGAGCAAACACCAGAAAGCAGUCAUUAAACUUGCUCUUUUAACCCUUUUGGGUUACAGUUAAAGAACAACCAACGGCGAAGAGGAACUUUUUUCUCGAGAUAAUAAAGGAUGCGUUUGGCGGAGGGCCUAGAACAAUUCAUUUCCGAGAUACUCGUAUACUCCGUAAUUCCGAGACUCGAGUUGUUGUAUUUAUUAUUCAUUAUAAUUUUUAAAAAUAUAAUGAAGAAAAAUAAAGUGUAUAAAAUACAAUACCUUUUGAAAGUAGUCAAUCUAUCGUACUGGUGCACGAUGGACUUAUCGAACAAGCUGUAACCCUCCAUCACACCAAGUACGUGGCAUGAUAGAUAGAUAGAUAAGAUAGAUAAGAUAUUUUAUUUGCGUGUCACGCAGUAUAAAAUACGUACAUUCAAAGUACAAGACAAAAUAUAUAAUAUACCACCCGGCCGGUUGGCCUAUGAGACACGAGAGAUCAAAAAUAGCUCAGUUUUAUAUAAAGAGAUUAUGCUAGUAUCAAAUACUAUCAAACAAGUCAAUUAUUUUUCUAUUUUGUAUAAAUUGAACGUCAUUGCGUGUUAACAUUUAAGGGUAAUACCUCACAGUUUUCAUCCAAUUGCUAAACAUAUAUCACGCCAAGUUUAUAUAUUACUAGAUACAUAAACACACUGAGCUAUUUACAUCAGAGAGUACAGAAAUUAAUGCAUAGCGACCAACGUUUAAAUUAAAUUUCAUUCGAAAAAUAUAAUGUCACCUUUAACCGUAACAUCGGUUUACUCAAAAUCUGACCUUAAUUAAGUGGGUAAUCUAUAGAUACAAAAUCUUAAAACUUUAGCCAAUGAUCUGUAACAUGUCAAACUGUGAACAUUUUACAAAUGAAUAUACAUCGUUCAUAUGGAUAUUGUGACGCGGUGCUAAUUAGCGUCAUUUCUCAUUCAAUUUUCCCAGUCAAUAUCAUAUGUAAUUGUACAGUUUGAAAGAGAAUUGUAUUCUCUACCUUCGUAUGUAUAUGCUUUUAUUGUCACUUUUCAACUUUUUAUGUAAUUCAUGAUUUUGGGUCACUGAACACAUAUUUUGCCCAUGUGUAUUCGCUGUUUAUUGUCCCUACCAAUUUCAUUUGAAUAUUUAUUGUUGUAUAUUUUAUAUCAGUGUAUAGAACUUUUUAUGACCUAUACGCUCAUAGUUCAUAUGUGUAUAUACUCAUAAUAUAAUUUUAGUUAUAUUACAAAAACCGUGUUCUAGAAAACACACUCUCAUUAACAAGACAGGGUUGUUUAGCUUUAAGCCAACGUAAUUAGGCUUAUCUCCCAUUGGUUAAUCAAUUAAUUAAGUGGACAAUUAGUGAUGGUCAAUUAGGGGCUCUUUAUUUUAAAGGCCGACUCAAAUCUUAAGUAAAUCAGUAACGUCUCGGCGGACUCAGGUCACGCUGCUGGCUGCUCACUGCUGUGUUACUGCUGGACUGACCUAGGACUCCUUGACGGGAUUUGGUGAGAUCUUGAACUUUCUCUGAACUGUAAAUGUUUGGAUAACUUUGUCAUACCCACAUUUGCUUAUUUUACCCCUUAUUAUACCCUUUUUGUAAGUUCGUAGACUAUUCUGCUUGCUCUUACAUUUUAUUAUAGGGUUAUUUGUACUUGUAAGUUCAUAGAACUAGCUAUUUGUAUCUUACAGUACUUUGGGAAGAUAUUUUGGGUAAAAUCCUUAUUUACGCUUAAAGCGUUGUAGUUCUUUUAAAUCCACCUAUUAUCCCUUAGAGGUAAUUAUCCCGUCCUUUUGAGUCCCAGCAAAUUGGUCCAAUUAAGAGCUUAUGUUAAUUGGUCACAGCUCAAUGUCUCAAGGUGUGAAUUCCUGUCAGACGUAGACGUUAGCAUAUCCAUUGUCUCGUCUAGCGUCCGGUGAGAUUGAUUAGCACAGCCUAUUUAGUUGUGAGUUUGUCAACUCCAUCUUUAUCUAUCGGGUCCUACAUACCUGUUGUUGUAACCCCUACUUGAGUUUGAUUGCCUAAAUAAAUAAACUGUGAGUUUUAGAUUACA